AUGAACUUCCGCGCCGUCCUCAUCGCUGUCGUGGCGUCUUUCGCCGCUGCCCAAGCCGGCAACGUGAUCCCUUACGACGAGGUGCACCCAUUCGCGCAGCCUGCGCCCGUCACGGACCUUCACAAGACCAUGCUCAAGUACAAGCCCCACCUGAAAAUCAAGGAGGGGUGCCACCCGUACCCUGCCGUCCAGAAGAACGGAGACAUCAGCGGCGGCCUCGAGUGGAGCAGCCCCACGGACAAUGCCGAGUGUAAGGGCUCCCCUCUGGGCUCGCAGGUCUACGCGCGUUCGUCGUGGGUCAAGGGCAAAUUCGCCAUCAUGUACGCCUGGUACUUCCCGAUGGGUCGUGCUCCGCUCCUUCCCUUCGGCCACCGCAAUGGUUGGGAGUACGCCAUCGUGUGGCUGGACAGCGUGUCGUCCACGAACUCGACUAUUCUGGGGACGUCUCUGUCGGCUGCUGUGGGCUGGGCGAAGGAGGUGCCUCGCAACAGGAAGUACCUGGACGGAAACAACCUCAAGGUCGCGUACUACUUCAACCGCGACGUGCGCUGCACGGCCGUCGAGUACACGGAGGAAAUCGGCGAGUUCCAGGACGUCAUCACUUGGGACCAGCUGCCGGCACCGACUCGCGAUUCGCUCAGUAACACGGACUGGGACCACACGCCGUUUAACGUGGCGCUGCUGAAGAUGCCCAUGAAGGACGGCGUCUUCCAGGAGAAGCUGAACAGUGCCUAUCCGUUCUAG